UAAUAUUUUUCUUCAGCUUAGGCACGUUUAGAUAAUAUCAGGAUAUGACGGGAUAAGGCAUUAUGGAAAAAGUUUCAAGCUGGACCAAAUUUAAGCUUUUGCUAUGGAAAAACUGGGUUCUGCAAUGGAGCCAUAAAAUCCAACUAUUUGUUGAGGUGUUACUGCCUAUCGUCUUUUGUCUCCUACUUAUAUUAGUACGUAUUGCGGUUCACGUCAGUGAAGAGGGAGUUUCCAACUAUAAAGUACAAAAGAUCGACUCGCUGGAAUUAUUCAAAUAUGAAGUGAAUAGUGAAUGGUCGCAUCGUUUUAAAAUGCUUGUUUCCCUAGCCUCAAAGAAAAGUAAAUCCGUAAACAGUUUGUCUGGCAAUGCGCGUCCAAACUUUGUGCUGGUAUAUGCACCCCAGAAUGCUGUGCUGGACGACCUGAUGACCAAGGUUGCGGAGAGACUGAAUAUGUCUGUAGUGGGUAUCGCCAGCAUCGACAACAUUGAAUCGAAUGUGGUGGGGUCAAAUGCUUUUGCUGGCGUUGCGUUUCAUGGAUCCAAAUUUGAUCAACUACCGGACAAUUUAGAAUACACAUUGCGAUUUCCUUCUGAGCUGCGGACGGUCAAAUUUGGCUCAGCCACAUGGCUUACAAAGCGAUUAUAUCCAGUGCUAUCACCACCAGGACCACGAAAUCCCGAUUCCGAUGAUGGUGGAAUACCUCCCGGCUAUUUGCGCGAAGGCUUCCUGCCCAUACAGAACGCGAUUAGCAUGUGCUACAUACAACUCAAGUCAUCUGGCAAAACAUUGCCCGACGUAGUUAUGCAACGCUAUCCGUAUCCGGCCUAUACAAAUGAUAAGUUGAUAGGCGCGUUCAACGAUGUGAUAUCCCUAAUUAUUCUGCUGAGUUUCAUCUAUCCGUGCACAUGCAUAACCAGGUAUAUCUCUAAGGAGAAGGAAAUGCAAUUGAAAGAAGUGAUGAAGAUAAUGGGACUGGACAACUGGUUGCAUUGGUCUGCCUGGUUCAUUAAGUCAUUCUGCAUGCUGACAAUAUCAGUGAUUUUUAUGGUUGCAUUGAUGAAAAUACGCUUCAGCGAGAACGUCGCCGUCCUAACCCAAUCAAAUUUCUUCGCCGUGCUCUUGUUCUUCCUGAUUUACAUGACGAACACGAUCUGCUUUUGCUUCAUGAUGUCCACGCUCUUCGCCAAGGCAAGCACAGCGGCAGCGGUAACUGGCUUGGUGUGGUUCAUCUUCUAUAUGCCGUAUAUGCUCACGAUUGCCACAUACGGCGGACUCAGCCUGAGCGAUAAGCUCGGGUGGUCAAUGUGCUUGAAUACGGCAAUGGGCUUUGGUAUAAUGUUAAUCGUGUCAUUUGAGGCAUCGGGUGAGGGCUUACAGUGGUACAAUUUAUUCUCGCCGGUUAACAUCGAUGACAACCUAACUGUUGGCUAUGUUAUGAUAAUGAUGCUGGUGUCCAGCGUAGUCUAUAUGCUGGUUUGCCUCUACAUUGAGCAGAUAUUCGCUGGCAGCUAUGGCGUGACGCGUGAAUGGUAUUUCCCCUUUACAAAGUCGUUUUGGUGCCAGGCAAAGAAAGUGACGCACCCAGAGGACAUGCCCGAACUAGAGCAGCAGGAUCCAAACGCCUUCGAGGCAGAGCCAACUGACAAGCUCAUUGGUCUACAGAUCAGAAAUCUGAAGAAGAAAUUCCAAAAUAAAUGGGCUGUCAAGGGAAUAUCGCUGAAUAUGUAUGAGGACAACAUCACCGUGCUACUUGGCCACAACGGAGCUGGCAAAACGACAACCAUAUCGAUGCUAACGGGCAUGCUGCCGCCAACAUCUGGCACGGCAAUCAUCAAUGGCAGCGACAUACGUACCAAUACCAAGGGGGCGCGCGAGUCCUUGGGCGUUUGUCCACAGCAUAAUGUGUUAUUUAAUGAUAUGACCGUUGAAAACCAUUUGCGCUUCUUCUGUCGGCUCAAAGGUCUUAAGGGCCAGGCCGUGGAUGUUGAGGUGAAGAAGUAUCUGCAAAUGAUCAACCUGGAAAAGAAAGCCAAUAAUUUGGCGGAAACACUAUCGGGUGGCAUGAAGCGUAAGUUAUCCCUCUGCUGUGCUCUUUGCGGUGGCACCAAAGUUGUACUCUGCGAUGAGCCCAGCUCUGGGAUGGAUCCAGCUGCUCGGCGACAACUGUGGGAUCUACUGAUAAGCGAACGGCCUGGUCGCACCAUAUUACUGACCACACAUUUCAUGGAUGAGGCCGACGUGCUGGGCGAUCGUAUUGCUAUUAUGUGCGGUGGAGAGCUCAAGUGCAAUGGCACUUCCUUUUUCUUGAAGAAGAAGUUCGGGUCAGGUCAUAAAUUGAUACUUGUCAAAAGGGAUAAUUGUCAUCCGGCGGAAGUGACGGCCGUACUUAGCAAGUAUAUCCCCAAUAUACGGCCAACUAGCGAUAUUGGCACUGAGCUAACCUACAGUCUGCCCGAUAAGUAUUCGAGUAAGUUCGAGGAACUAUUUCGAGAACUAGAGAAGCGCAAAGAUGAGUUGAAUCUGGAUGGUUUUGGUGUUGGCAAUACUUCGCUGGAAGAAGUGUUCAUGAAAGUGGGUGCCGAGUCGAUGCCCAAUGGCGAUGCAGUUGAGCCUAAGUCAAAGGUGGUUCCUUUGGCUCAAAAUCCCGACAAUGAAUCCAUGAAAUCGGACACCUAUUUGGCGCAUAGUGCUCAAAUGCUGGAUGGCAUGAAGCUGACGGGCAAUCAGUGGGCGGCAAUGCUGUAUAAGAAGAUGCUUUAUACCUAUCGCAACAAAGUACUGUUUCUCGUGCAAAACCUCUUGCCCAUUCUGUUUGUGGCCUUAACUAUAAUGGUGUCCCGCAGUGGUGGCACGAACGCAGAUUUGCCAGCGAUAGAACUCGAUCUUACUCAAUAUCCAGUUGCGGUUUCCGUGAUGGAAGCUCUGCCUGGUCCGCCAGGCAGUUCGCAGGGCGCUUUGAUCGCCGAAAGCUACAAACAGUUGGCCACUUCGUAUGGGCCUAGCUAUACGUUGGAGACUACAGGCAAUCAGAGUUUUUCGGACUACAUACUCGAAUUGGGAAAGACCAUUCAGCUGAGAAUAAACGCACGCUACCUGGUAGGUGCCACCAUUGGAGAGCAUAGUAUAACUACCUGGCUCAACAACCAGCUAUUGCACACAGCACCACUCACGCUAAACAUGGUGCACAAUGCGAUAGCGCGCGCCCUGAUUGGCGAAAAUGUAAGAAUCCGCGUUACCAAUUCGCCGCUGCCGUUCAAAACGGAGACAUUGCUCGUCCGGUCACAAACUGGCGCUGGCCUGGGCACCCAAUUAGCCAGCAAUAUAGUUUUCUGUAUGUGUUUUGUCACUACAUUAUACAUAUUGUUCCUAAUCAAUGAACGCGAAUCGAGGUCGCAACUAUUACAGUUCGUGAGCGGCGUCAAGGGCUGGAUCUUUUGGCUGUCUCACUUUAUUUGGGACAUUUUGACCUUUGCGGUAACGGCCUUUAUUGCUACAAUGACGCUAGCUUGCUUCCAGGAAGAGAACUUCAGUACUGUUGGCCAGUUGGGUCGCAUCUUUUUGUUGAUGCUGAUCUUUGGAUUUGCCGUCUUGCCCUUCACUUAUUUCCUGUCGUAUUCUUUCAAAGAUGCCGCCACUGGCUUUGCUCGCAUCGUUAUUCUGAACAUAUUCGCUGGUAUGGCCAUAUUCGCAGUAGUCAUCAUAAUGUCCAGCGAGCUAUUCGAAUCGAAAACUGUCGCGAAUUGGCUAAACAAUAUAUUCCGCAUCUUUCCGCACUUUUCGCUCGCCAUGGGCAUCCACAAGGUCAGCUCAAACACGGCCACGCGAGCUGCUUGCGACAAGCUAACUGGGCUGCCGCCCAUCAUUAUCUGCGAGCUUGUGCCCAUGUGUUGCAGCGUAAGUGACUUUUUUGAUUGGGAGCCGCCAGGUGUGCUGCAGGAGAUUGUUUACAUGAUCACCGUGGGCUUUAUACUGUUUAUAUGCCUUUUGCUGAACGCAUACGGCAUAAGUCGCAAGAUCAUAUCUUGGCUAUCUAAAAAACCAUUGAUGCCGCCCGAGCGAACUAACGUUGAUGACGAUGUGGAUAAGGAGCGUAGACGCAUUUUGAAUUUGAGUCAGCACGAGAUAGCUGAAAAGAAUCUAGUGCUGGAUCGUGUCUGCAAGUAUUACGGAAAGUUUUUGGCUGUUAACCAGGUGUCGCUAUGCGUGAGCGAAGGCGAGUGCUUUGGCUUGUUGGGCGUCAAUGGUGCUGGAAAGACUACAACGUUCAAAAUGCUGACAGGUGAUACGAAUAUUAGCCUUGGUAACGUCUAUGUUCAGGGCAGGGAUCUGCAGAAGGAUAUAAAUGAGAUAUACAAACGAAUUGGCUAUUGUCCGCAGUUCGAUGCGGUACUUGAGAACCUAAGUGGUCGAGAGCUCUUAAAGAUUUUCUGCCUUCUGCGCGGCAUUAGGAGAAAGAACAUUAAGCCGUUGUCCGAAGAAUUGGCCAUGUCAUUUGGCUUUCUAAAGCAUCUCGAUAAGAAGACGAAGGCCUAUAGCGGCGGUAACAAGCGCAAACUGAGCGCAGCCAUUGCAGUGCUUGGUUCUCCGGCUGUUGUUUACAUGGACGAGCCCACCACCGGCAUGGAUCCAGCUGCCCGACGUCAGCUUUGGAAUAUUGUGUGUCGUAUAAGGGACUCGGGUACAUCAAUCGUGCUCACAUCGCACAGCAUGGAGGAGUGCGAAGCGUUGUGCACUCGUCUUGCUAUCAUGGUCAAUGGCGAGUUGAUGUGCAUGGGCUCCACGCAGCAGUUGAAGAACAAGUUCUCCAAAGGUUUCAUACUUAAAAUUAAAAUGCUACCCAAUUUAACAGUUCAAAAACGCGGGCCUCUAUUAAAUGAUGGCUACAGCACACCCAUUCCAUAUGAUGUUAGAAAUAUGUCGAUGGAUAGUAACCUCGAUUCCUUAAGGACUUCGACCGCCUCCAAUGAAAAUGUGUCGCCGACGCCCGUCCCAUACAAAGGCAGCGUAGCCGAUAUCCUGCCGUCGACUGGCAGUGUAAUCGCAAUCGAUAAUGGCACUAUAGCAAAGCAGGAUAAUGAUAAAGUCAAAGCGUUUGUGCAAGAGAAGUAUCCGGAGUCUGUUCUACAGGAGGAGUGCCAGGGCAUGCUUACGUUUUACAUUCCAUUACAGGGCCUUAAAUGGUCUGAAAUUUUUGGUAUUAUAGAGAGCCACCGUGAAGAGUUGCAUGUGGAGGAUUACUCCAUAAGUCAGACAACAUUGGAGGAGAUAUUCUUAGAAUUUGCCAAAUUUCAGGCAGCAGAUGAACGCCAUUCAAAGUGAGCUAACUCCAGGACGUAUUAACUGUAGGAGCUAGCUAGCUAGCUUUUUCGUGGAUUAAAUAUCAUACAGAAUAUCAUACCUA